AAAAAGUAGCUAAGGAAGCAAAUACUCUUAUAUAAAAAUUGUUAUAUAAAUUUUUUGUAUAACAAUCGACGUUAAUCUAGAACAUGCUCUUUAUUCGAGGAGAUGUAUAAUGUAGAAUGUAUAAUGUAGAAUGUUUGUAUAUUUAUAUAAGUCGACAAGGAAGAAGAUUGUAUUUUAAAGAAGCAGGAAACGGAUCAACAAGAAUGUUCAGUUCAUUAAGGCUAGCAACUAUGCGCUCGCACAAGAGUCGUGCCAGACCGGGAAGCAUCGCCACAUCCGCGAAUUCCGAUUCGACCAGAAUGGAAGAUACACUCGCGCAAACACAGUAUCAUCCUCACAGCUUUUUGCUCUUGAACGAUCAGGAAGCGACGAAUAUCAUCGGUUUGUCAUCGCCGGUCAGUGUUUCUUCGAAAGUCGCGCAAGUGAGGGUGGAACGAGAGAGUGGUAGUCUCGGGGUAACUCUUCGUGGUGGAGUGUCAAAAGCUCUGAUGGUGACGGGAGUAAAAACGGACGGUCCGGCUGCCAAGGAAGGAAGAGUCAGGCCCGGUGACCGAUUGCUAGCGGUAGAUGACACGGAAUUGCGAGGACUUACCUUGGCGGAGGCACAGCGAGCGCUUAAGAAGAGUUCGGAUUCACCUGUUACAUCCCUCACAAUUGAAUACGAUGUUGCAAACAUGGAAGAGGCACGAGCGGCCACUUCCGGCCCAUUGCUUAUUCAACUGGAACGUGGUUUUUCAGGAGAACUGGGUUUAACUGUGAGAGAGACAUCAAACGGAAUCUACAUAGAAAGUCUCCGUCCAGCGAGCACAGCAGAUCGCUGUGGUGCUUUGCAAGUGGGAGAUCGACUAUUGGCCGUGGAUGAUAUACCGGUCCAGGAUGCGGCAACCGCCGCAAAAUUGCUUAGAAAUAAUUCCGAGAACUGUCGUAUUGCCAGGCUGCAAAUAUUACCGCGACCACCGAGGACAGUCAAAAGAAGAGCACAACCGCAAGUCCAGCAGAACUCGAACCAGACUCUGCAAAUGAAGGAAAGCCUGACGGUUGUUCUUCGGCCAGAUCAUCGGGGCUUCGGGCUCGCGCUUAAGCUAGUUGAAGAUCGCAUGAAUUAUGUUGUGAGCUUUUUGGAAGCUGGAGGCCCGGCUGAACGAAGCGGUGUCCUUUUGCCUGGUGAUAAAGCUAUCGCAAUCAAUCGGAGAAUGCUACGCGACCUGCAACCGAAUGAAGUAGCUAAUAUACUUGAGACAUCGCAAUUGAUCGAGUUAGUGAUAGAAUACAAAGUAGGUGGACCAGUGGUUCCGAAUUCCGGAAUUUUCACAGUGAGAGUAACGAGGCCGUUGGGUGGUCAACCCGAUCUAGGUCUUACGGUGAACGAAGACUUAGUAAUUACGGAAGUUCGUCGAGGAUCGCUUGCUUAUCGAACAGGGAGUUUAGCAUCCGGCGACAGGCUGCUUGCAAUAGACGGGGAACAAUUAGAUUCUGGAGAUUUAAGACAAGCCGCUCAAUUAUUGCAUCGACCCGGCAGCUCAGUAGUUGCUUUAACUGUCAGAAAACCAGAUCCUAGUCCAGAAAGAGAUUGUUCCAGGAAGCUUAGUAUAGGAAGUGACACAAUCCAGCCACAGUUUCCCAAUGCGUUACGUUCGGCUAGAGAAAGUCUUCCCAGUGUAGAUAGCGCCGUGGAUUCUUGGGGCGAAUUGGGAGAAGGUGGUAGUACUAUGCCAGAGAUACUGCGAAUUUGGGAUACUGUAUCUGUAGACAGCGGACAGUUAGACUUAUCAAUACCAUCUUAUCCAGGAAUACAAGAAUGCGGUGAUUCCGACAAUAAAGCCCAGCAGAUAAUGCAUGUGUCAUUGCAUAAGGAUCCUGUGUAUGAAGACUUCGGAUUUUCAGUGUCAGACGGUCUAUACGAACGGGGAGUUUAUAUAAAUCGUUUACGACCUGGCGGUCCCUGCGACGGUGUUCUGCGACCAUAUGACAGAAUUCUUCGAGUGAACGAGGCCAGCACGGAAGAUUGCGACUGCUGUUUGACGGUUCCACUCAUCGCAGCAGCCGGACCGCGUCUAGAUCUAACUAUAGCAAGACUCUUAUCCCCACAAAAUGUUAUAAAAACUUUAUAAAACAAUAUAAUAUUAUCAUCUAUAAUAAACUGCUAGUAUAUCUCAUCAUAAUUUAAUAUUAUCUUAUAUCUUAGAAUAUCUUUCAGUCACUUUAAAGAAUACUUUAUUGUUAUAUUAAAUAUUUUAGAAUACUGAAUAAACUAGAUACUGUUAAUACUGGCAGUUAUUUUGGGGACAUGAUUACAAUUUUACAUAUGUGCAUUGCGUCGAGCAAUAUAUAAUGCUUUCAAUAUAUUUUUGUACAC